GCCGCUAGGGGUAGCGGCGGCGGCUGCGGUCCGGGAGCGCGGCUGCUUUGAGGGCUCGGGAACCCUACAGAGUGGGGACGCGGGGAGGCUACAGGGUGAGAAAGCCGACGGGAGAGGAGGGCGGCGCUGGAGGAGGGCGGCGCGUGGCUGACUCAUCCCUCUGGAAGAUCAGACUGAUCGGCACACACACUCGCGCUCCCGCCCGCCCGCGCCGCUCCACCUCAGCCGGGAGGCGCCCGCCCGCACCUCCCGCCCGCCCUCUCGGGCGCUGUCCGGGCCCGGCCGUCUCAGAGAAAGUUUUUCCCAUCCGAGGGGCCGGAGCCACCGCGGGCCUUUUGGAAGGGCAGAGGGACGGAACAGGAGGCGAGAGCCGCGCGGGCCCGCGGAUUGCAUGGUGCCCGGCGCCUCGGCCGCCUGGCAGGAGGACCUCGGGGCGGGGUCGGGCCGAGCCCAGCUACUUUUCCCCUCAGCCGCGCCAGAAACCGCCUUCGCGGACGGCCGCGGGGGUCCCCGCUCCUCGGCUCGUCAUGUCCCGGCUGCUGCCGCUGCUGAGGAGCCGGACCGCGCGCAGCCUGAGGCCGGGCCCGGCCGCCGCUGCCGCGCCCCGCCCGCCGUCCUGGUGCUGCUGCAGGCGGGGGCUGCUGGCGCUCGCGCCCCUCGGCGGCUUCCCGGGCGGUCCGCGGCGGCUGGGCACGCACCCCAAGAAGGAGCCCAUGGAGGCGCUGAACACUGCGCAGGGCGCGCGCGACUUCAUCUAUAGCCUGCACUCCACGGAGAGGAGCUGCCUGCUCAAAGAGCUGCACCGCUUCGAGUCCAUUGCCAUCGCCCAAGAAAAAUUGGAAGCUCCACCACCCACCCCAGGACAGCUGAGAUAUGUAUUCAUCCACAAUGCGAUACCUUUCAUAGGGUUUGGCUUUUUGGAUAAUGCAAUUAUGAUUGUUGCAGGAACCCAUAUUGAAAUGUCUAUUGGAAUUAUUUUGGGAAUUUCAACUAUGGCAGCUGCUGCUUUGGGAAAUCUUGUGUCAGAUUUAGCUGGACUUGGACUUGCAGGCUACGUUGAAGCAUUGGCUUCUAGGUUAGGCCUGUCAAUUCCUGAUCUCACACCAAAGCAAGUUGACAUGUGGCAAACACGUCUUAGUACACAUUUGGGCAAAGCUGUUGGGGUGACUAUUGGCUGCAUUCUAGGAAUGUUUCCUUUGAUUUUCUUUGGAGGAGGUGAAGAAGAUGAAAAACUGGAAACAAAAAGUUAAUCCUCUUAGAAUACCUAUAAAAAGAUGUAAACUAAUGUACCUCAGUUAUUAAAUAUGCUGUCACAACAUUUAGGAAUUAAGACAGUAACAGUAUAGAUUUGGGAUCAAAUAAUUUAGCAUGUAUUAUGGAAAACACUAACUUAUUGUGGCUUGACCUUCUUAGGACAUCUUUUUAAAAAAACCAUUCAGUAUCAUUUUGUGUAAAUUGUUGAAAUGCUUUUUCAUCGAUAGCAGUCAACAUUUUAUCUUUUCUUUUUAUAUUCAUAAUGUUAUUUAAGUAUCAGUCAUUGAUGUACUGUAUUGACUUGGGGUUUGCUUAUUUGUUACUUAACAUAUGUACAUGCAUGAAAGCAUUUUUGGUUGUUGUUCCCUGGUAGUUAAAUUUCAAUCUUGAAAAUUUUCCAAAUUACUUAAGAUGUUUAGUAUCAGUUAAAGAUUUUUUUUACCCUCUUUUUGGCAACAUCAAUUUUGUACUGUUAUGCAGUAAACAUUUAUAAUCAUAUAAUUUCAGUCAUUUUCUUAACUCUCACAUGUGUUGAAAAUGGAUAUGGAUACAGAUUUUAAGUAUUUUAAGCAUAUAUCACUUAUUUUAAUUUUCUGACUUUACUAUUUUAAGAGCCAGAGGUUAAGAAGAAAGAGCAAUUAUGUGGUCUCCCUGCUACAUAUAACCGUUUAUACUAACAAGUGUACUAUUUUUAAUUGAUUUUUUUUAACCUUUAGUUUCCUAGUUUUGAAUAAUUACAUGUUGAGUUCUGGCUUUUGAGGGGAAGAAAAUGAUUAUUUUAGAGUCUUUGAAAUGGGGAUUGUGGAAUUAGAUUGAACUAAGGGAUUCAAUAUGAUGCUUGAAAAUUAAGAGGCUAAAGUUUUUUUUAAAAAGAAAAUGUUGAAAAUAGGAACUGUCAAGAAGGUUUAUGGUAUAAAUGGUGAAGUUGAAAUGAUGUUUGGAAGGUUAAUGAGAUACAAAUUACAUUAUUUGGGAAGGUUUCUUUUUUUUCUCCAAAUAUGUCAUCAUCUCAUCUGAAUGGAAUGAAUCUGAAUAUUCUGUACUCAUACUCCUAAUCUCAUUAUAUCUUACUUAGUGAAUUUUAUUUAUGAAUAAUUUCUUUUGAAGUGAAAAUUAGGUAUUUAAUAUUUUGCUUUUUUGCUAGUCUACUCAAAAAUUACAUGAAAGGAAAUCCUUCCUCCCUGUUUUUCUUUUUUCUUCUUUUGUGGUAUUUAAAGAAUAUUUUAGGUUGAAAUUACUUAUUUUAUAGUUUUGUAUAUCUGACUUAAAUAACCAUGUAAGAAUUAUAAAUUUUAGUUUUCUGAACCCUUAAACUUUUUAGCGUGUGAUCUGUUACACAUGCUAAAAAAUUAUUCUUACUUCAGUGUAAAUACGUCAUGGAGGAGAGAAACUUAAAAUAAUGUUUUGGCUAUUUAAGUUAUUUGUGUUGUUAAAUAGAUGCAGAGGAUUUACAGCAAUUUUAUUUUGAGGUUUUAUUUAUACAUAAUUACUUUGAACUCUUAAGAGGAUUUUUUUCUUUCAUGAGGCAAUUUGUCGUAAAUUUUCUCAUGCACUUCAGAAUGAAUAAGUGCUAUCCUUUAAUCAUAGACUUUGAGGGGAGAAAGCAUAAAAAUAUAGCAUAUAAUCUAAAAAGUAUAUAACAUGCACAAAUAAUAUAACAUUCUUAUUGAAUCAAAUCAUAAUUCUAGAACUUGUGAUCUUAAAUAGAGUUUUGUUUUGUAUCUUCCAUGUAAUACCACACACAGAUAACCAGACAAAAAAUCCUUUGUAAAAUUUCAGAUUCGUAGGAUUAGAGUACCUAUAUUUUGGGCGGUGGGGAGGUAAACUGUAGGUGCUUUCUUUUGUCCCUAACUUGUAUAUUGAUGGCAGUCCAUUCUGUUUUCCAAAAAUGUAUGUGGUGCUUAACUUCUUAUUAAUUAAAUCCCAUAUCAGUCCUAAGGAAUAUUUGCUUUAAUGAACAUCUGCCGAAUUACUUAAGGUGUCAAAAUAUAUAGCCUUCACAUUGAAAGAUGAUUUUAAUUUAUGGGCAUAAUAAAAAUUUGAAUCAGGUAAUUAAAUUUCAAAAAAUGGAGACCAUUGGUCUCUAACUGAAGGUAUGUGUUUUUUAAAAUCAUAGUCUAUGCUAGCAUGGUGCUUUGCACAAGAGUGAUUUCUGAAGAAUGGUUCUUUUUAAGAUAAUGACUUCAUAUGAUCAUUGCUUCAUGUUAUUUUCUACAAAGAACUUUAAUUCAGGUUUAAACUGGAACUGUUUGUUUCUCAUAUUAACUACUUCUCUAUUAGGAGCACAAGAACUAUCGUUAAAUGCAACAUGAGCUACUUUAGUACUGUUUGUUUGAAAUUUAUGUUGUCCGUGUAUUACGAUUUAUUAACUUGUUGAUGCAUGUAAAUUGGGUGCAUUUUGUUGCCAUGUAUGUUAAAUGGUGACCAAUGUUUUUACAAAGGAAUUGAACAAAAAAGUAUCUUUUAAGAAGUUUGAAAUGUGGUUUUGAUUUUGAAAUUUGAUUUCUUACUAAUCUCAGAGGGCCUUGGUAUAUUCUGUUACUGUAGCAAACAGGAUUAAUGAAUACAGAUUUGUUACAAGGUGGCAGCAAUGUCACUGAGACAGUGACAACAAUUUACCGCCUCCCUGGAAUCUGCACUUGAGAUACAACAUUGCAGAGUAUAAGUGAUGAGUGAUCCCAUAGAAAAGCUUCAGAUAGAGUAGCAUAAGUCACACUGAUGGGUAUUUACAGCAGAGAUAUCCAAGCUGUUUAUGUAAUAAUGUCUCAUUUACUUUAUUCUUUUCUCUAGAACAUAAAUUUUGAAGGUAAUGGAAGUUUUUUAUACCAAAAGUUUGUAUGAGCCAUUUCAAAGUAAAUCUUUCUAAUUUUAGAAUCAUAUUUCUCACCAUCUUAAGACAGUAUAUUAAAUAUAGUAUCUUUUACUUAGUGGCUAA